AGUGCGCAUGCGCCGUGAACGCGGAAGCAGCCCCGUUACCGGAGUGUUGACUCUCCGGUGUGUUGUCGGUGAGUCUCCGGCUCGGUUCGGUCUGAACAGCCGCGAACAUGAGCUGCUGCCCGGACAUCUCCCGCAGGAACCCGCAGGAGGACUUCCAGCUGAUCCAGCGGGUCGGCAGCGGGACGUACGGUGACGUGUACAAGGCGAGAAGCGUCGGCACUGGAGAACUGGCUGCCAUCAAAAUCAUCAAACUGGAGCCAGGUGAGGACUUUGUGGUGGUUCAGCAGGAGAUCCUGAUGAUGAAGGACUGUAAACACUCCAACAUCGUGGCGUACUACGGCAGCUACCUCCGCAGGGAGAAGCUGUGGAUCUGUAUGGAGUUCUGUGGAGGAGGAUCAUUGCAGGACAUCUACCAGAUAACCGGUCCACUGGCAGAGUCCCAGAUCGCUUACGUUCUGCGGGAAACACUGCAGGGACUCUUCUACCUGCACAGCAAAGGGAAAAUGCACAGAGACAUCAAGGGAGCCAACAUCCUGCUGACUGAUAACGGAUACAUCAAACUAGCGGACUUCGGUGUGUCGGCUCAGAUCACCAUGACGAUCGCUAAGAGGAAGUCCUUCAUCGGGACGCCGUACUGGAUGGCUCCCGAGGUGGCGGCCGUGGAGAGGAAGGGCGGAUACAACCAGCUGUGUGACAUCUGGGCCGUCGGCAUCACUGCCAUCGAACUGGCAGAACUGCAGCCGCCCAUGUUUGACCUCCACCCCAUGAGAGCUCUGCUGCUGAUGACCAAGAGUAACUUUCAGCCACCCAAACUGAAAGACAAGGUGAAGUGGACCGGAAACUUCCAUCAGUUUGUGAAAGUAGCUCUGACCAAGAACCCGAGGAAACGACCCACUGCUGACAAACUGCUGCAGCAACCGUUUGUCUCUCAGCCGCUCAGUCGGACUCUGGCCAUGGAGCUGUUGGAUAAAGUCAGUAACCUGGACCAGACCCCCUACCAGGACCACCUGGACCACAUGGACGAUGACGACACCGACGCAGAGGUUGUGUCUGUCCCUCAGAGGAUCCCGUCUGGAAACACCAGAGAAGGAAAAACUCUGUCUGAGAUCAACUUUGAUCAGAUGAAGUUUGAUCCUCCUCUGAGGAAAGAGACUGAAGCUCAUCACGAUGAGUCAGAUCGUUUCCUGGACUGUGAGGAGGAGCUUUACUUCACCGCAAGAUCCCACCUGGAGCUGCAGGUGGAGGCUGAAGACGAUGCUGCAGAACCCGCAGUCCUCAGUGGAAACGGUGUGACAGACUCCACGCUGCGACCCGGCCGCCCUCCUGAAGACCCUGAAAAUCCUGAAGACCCUCUCCCUCAGGACGGACGCCCGCCCCCUGAUGAUGAUCACCAUGGAAACCAGGGACUCCUCAGCUCCUCCUCUGAUCAGCAGUCUGCAGCUCCUCCUGCUGCUCACAACAGGAAAGACAAGAAGGAUCCUCCAAUACCGGUCAGCAACGGACUUCCACCUACACCUAAAGUCCACAUGGGAGCUUGUUUCUCCAAAGUUUUUAACGGCUGUCCUCUGAAGAUUCACUCUGCUGCCUCUUGGAUCAACCCCGAAACCCGAGAUCAGUAUCUGAUCUUUGGAGCGGAGGAAGGAAUUUACACUCUGAACCUGAACGAGCUCCAUGAGAACUGUAUGGAACAGUUGUUUCCUCACAGGUGUACCUGGGUUUAUGUGAUGAACAACACUCUGAUCUCCAUCUCAGGUAAAGCCUCUCAGCUCUACUGCCACAGUCUGGCCGGUCUGUUCGAACAGACUCGACACAAACAGAGGCUGACUGUUUCCAUCUCCACCCGCCGCCUGCCGGACCGCAUCCUACCCCGGAAGUUUUCCAUCUCCAAUAAGAUUCCCGAUACCAAAGGCUGUCUGAAAUGCUGCGUAGUGAGAAAUCCCUACACUGGUCAUAAGUACCUGGGCGGAGCCUUCCAAUCAGGUGUGGUCCUGCUGGAGUGGGUGGAGCCUAUGCAGAAGUUCAUGCUGGUUAAGAGCGUGGACUUCCAGCCUCCGUGUCCUCUGGAGGUUUUGGAGCUGCUAGUUGUACCCGAGCAGCCGUACCCUCUGAUCUGUGUUGGUCUGAGCAAAGGAACUGAAACUAACCAGCCUGUCAGCUUCCAGACCCUCGACCCCAACUCCUCCUGCCCCGCCGCACCUGAAACAGAAAACCCUCAGAGUUGUGUGAUCCACAUCACUCAGCUGGAGAGAGACACCGUCCUGGUCUGUCUGGACCGUUGUAUAAAGAUCGUAAACCUUGAGGGGAAGCUGAAGUCCAGCAAGAAGCUGUCAGCUGAGCUCACGUUCAACUUCCAGAUAGAGUCGAUCGUGUGUUUACAGGACAGUGUUUUGGCCUUCUGGCGUCACGGCAUGCAGGGACGGAACUUCAGAGCUAACGAGAUCACCCAAGAGAUCAGUGACAUCAGCAGGAUGUUCCACCUCCUGGGCUCUGACAGGGUGGUGGUUCUGGAGAGCAGGGCAACCGAUAACCCGACUGAACACAGUAACCUGUACAUACUUGCCGGACAUGAAAACAGCUACUGAGACCAGGACCAAAGUCUAAACCAAGACUCAACCAGUUCAAAGUUCAAACCAGAUCCAAACCAGGACCGAAACUAGUGCUAAACCAGUUAAAACAGAUAAAACCAGGACCAAACCAGAUCCAAAUCAGGUACAAACCGGUAUCAGACUAGGUCCAAUGAAGUUUUAAACCAGGAUUGUGGUUCUGAAUCAGAGCGGUUCUGCUCACUAACAGUCCACUCUUCAGUGUGUCUACUACAGUGAAGACAAUUCAAUGCAUGCAAUGAAUACAAUUCCUCAAUGCAACAGCAAAAAUACUAAACAAUGGUCACUAUUCAGGCCCCAACUACCAUCAUGCAUUGCAGCUGAGCAGAAUAGUGUCAGACACCAACCUUUAAAACACACACAAAACGUUCUCUUCAGAACUAACGGUCACAGAUUGACAUCGCAGACGGACACAGAGACGGACUGCUUGGAUUAAAUCACAGCCAGCAUUUUCUGGAAGCAGCUUUUAUCAGAUCGGACGGUUCGUCAGAGAGUCACAUGACUGACGGAUAGAACCAGAGUCAAAGAAAAUUGGAUCGGCAGAAGACUCAAGAGGGAGGUCCAGAGGCCUUGACCAGGUGGGAAUCCCUCCGGAGGACCAGAGGACAUGUUGGACAACCUUAACUGACUGAACGCAAAAUACUUCACCACCAUAAAAACAUAACUGAGCACGGCCGAUGGUGGACCAUAACACACCCUGCCUGAACCUGACCUGAUAAGAGACCAGAUCUAAAGUAGACCUGAGGAUAAGAGACCAGAUCUAAAGUAGACCUGAGGAUAAGAGACCAGAUCUUAUAGAGACCAGACCUGAAACAGACCUGGUUCAUCACCAGGAGUCAGAGGAGAAGUGAUGGAGGACCCUGAUCACGUGUUACUGAGCCUAAUCAAUCACCUAUACUUAUAAAUGUUCACAUAUUUGAGUUGUUACAGUCUUAAUGUCUCAUGUCUGCUUUUAGAGUUUACACUUUGGAAAUCUUUUUUUAAUGUUGUGUA